UUAAAGAAAAUGGCUUAUAUCAUCAGCCUCAGAAAAGUAACCUUGCUCUCCAUUUUCAUAUUUAUAUUCUGUUCUCCUUCAAUGGUUCUUUCUCAGUUUUUCAGCUCAAUUCAAUUGCCACCAACAGCCAGAGGGCCCGAAUCCUUUGCCUUCGAGCUUGGAACCGGACGAUUUUAUGUAGGUGUAGAUGAUGGUAGAAUUCUCCAAUAUAACGGACCAGCUACUGGAUUUGUGGACUUCGGAUACACCAGUGGAACUAGGUCCAAGGCAGUGUGUGACGGCGCUACUAAUCCAGAUUUGGGGCCAGUCUGUGGGAGGCCACUGGGUUUGGGGUUUCAUUACGCCUCGAGUCAGCUGUAUGUUUGUGAUGCCUAUGUCGGCCUCGUGUCGUUAGAUUCUGGAGGAGGACUAGCAAACCUAGUAUCCAGCAGUGCAGAAGGAGAGCCUUACCGCUUUUGCAAUGGUUUAGAUGUCCACCAACUAUCCGGAAAUGUUUUUUUCACAGAUACCAGCACUGUCUAUGAUCUAAGAAAUGCUUCAAAAGGAUUGACCGCUAAUGAUUCAACAGGGAGGCUGUUAAAGUAUGACCCUAAUACUAAGCGAGUUACAGUGUUGCUAAAGAAUCUUACGGGGCCAGCCGGGGCUGCAGUUAGCCAAGACGGGACAUAUGUCCUCGUCUCUAACUUCAAUAGUAACACGACUAUGAGGUAUUGGCUCCAAGGUCUUCGAGCGAACACCUAUGACAUCAUAAGUACUCAGGCAAGGCCAAAUAAUAUUCAGGGAACACUAGCAGGAGAUUUUUGGCAGGCAGCAGCAAUGGUAAAACAACCCACGCAGUCAUUGGUGCCUAUAGGGCAAAGGAUCAAUGGGUUCGGUAUUGUUACUCGAACAGUAAACUUCGAGCCAUGGUAUGGCAAUAAUUUAAUCAGUGGAGUGCAGGAGUUCGGUGGUGCAUUAUAUGUAGCAUCGCGCUAUGUGAAUUUUGUUGGGGUCUAUAGCUUUUAACCUUGUCUUUGGACUGUACUUAUUAUAAUGGCUGCAAAAUUGAAGUCUCCGCUGAGAGAUUAUUUAUCUUUACUUACUCAGUAUACUUAGAUAAAAUGAUGGGAAAAGAAUAUGAAAGCAGUUGAGUCGCUGCUCAGAAGGCUGAGUUGAAGGAAUUCACAGCUUCAAACAGUAACUGGGUCCAGAGACAGAAUGCAGAUUGAGUCACAACUACAACUAAUGAUUAUAAUAUGCAUGAAGG